AUGACGUUCUCGCGUUCGAGAACUGAACAGGAGGGCUUCUUUCAUUUGCGCUGCUCAAGUAUCACUUCUCACGCCACACCACGGAAACUAUGGGCUGCCGUUUUUCAUAAGGGAGAGCGUAUCUGGUGUUGCCCAUCAAAGUCUGAGGAUCGGAGACUUCGGAACGAAAUCGCAAUAGAAGCUGAGGCCGCACUGCUUCUCCUGAACGCUCUGAGGAUCUUGGGAGUACACACCACACAUUCACUAGAUCUCAGCAGAAUUCGUUGUUCCGGUUGUCGACUGUUUGCACGACUGCAUUGGAUUCGCUGGCCUGUUACGUCCGCCUUGCAAAGAAUGUUGCUUGCCCGAGAAAACACCGACAGUGUAUUCUCGAUCGCCACAGAAUCGAAUUUCGAGGCGGAUGACACCGACGACAUUAGGUCGCCUUGGCACGUGGACCGUGCGGCAUUAGCCCCAGUUCAGUGGAUCCUUUGUAUGUGGGAUAACUGCAUCCAGAUCACCGCUUCUUUCCUAUUACCCCGGACGGUCAACCCUUUUCUGACUCCGCUACCCUCCGCUGUACAUCAACUGAAGUCGCUUCACGACGCUUUCACAGAACAUGCCCACGGAGGACAACCACAAUUUCACUUGUUUCCACCUGCUGGAGAAGACAAUGAAGCUGUUGGACAGCCAUAA